CCUUUUCCGACCCGUAUUAUGACAGGCUCCGCGGCUUUUGGCCCCUUUCCGCAGCAUCAAACCGGAGGGGAAAGGAAGGAGGAGGAGCGGGAGGAGCAGCAGGCGGAGGAGAUGUCGGAAUCGGAAUCGCGGGGGCGCGCCGACGCAAUGUGAGCGAGGAGGAGGGGCUGGGGAAGAAGAAGAGGAAGAAGCCGCGAUCCCGGUCUCACGCUCCGCCCCGACGAGCCGCGCGUCCGCGGCCCCGCGAGAAUGUACAGGAUGGCGCUUCCUAGCUGGAGUGACAUUUCGGCCUACCUGUCAGAGUAUUGGUCUGUCAUAGCUGCUACUGUCAUCUUUGCAUUGGUAGGUGGCGUGACAAUUUAUUAUACCAUCAAUCAGUUGAACAAAAACAUCAGCUUGAGCUUGAUGAAAGCUAUCAGAGCUAGGGCAAAGAAGUACAAGAAACUGAAAGACAAGGUCCCUGCCGCUUCCCACAUUUGGAGGAAAGAACUUGGCUCUCGCAGUAAAGGUCUGAAAUGCUGUGUAUGCUUGAAGUCUGUUUCACCGCCACAGUAUUUGGGGGGGACUAUCCAUGAGUGUGAUAUUUGUGGUGCCACUGCACAUCCGAGUUGCUCAGGAAAUGCACACAAAGAUUGCAAAUGCGUUUCUAUGGUUGGUCUUGACCAUGUCAUUCACCAGUGGGCUGUCCAGUGGAUUGACACAGCAGAUCGCUCUGAAGAAGACUCAUUCUGUUGCUACUGUGAUGAAUCUUGCAGUGGAGCUUUUCUUGCAGGGUCUCCAAUUUGGUACUGUAUGUGGUGUCAACGGAUAGUGCAUGUUGAUUGCCACAACAACUUGGCCAAGGAAACUGGUGAUGUCUGUGACUUAGGCCCAUUGAAACGGUUGAUACUAUCACCUCUGUGUGUCAAGGAGCUUCAUAGGACAGGUGCAACAGGACUUUUCAGUUCUAUCACAAGUGGGGCUAAUGAAUUGGCUUCCACUGUGCGGGAGACGAUUAGAAUUCGUAGCAAAAGGUACAAAAAGGACAUUGGUUCUUCUCAGCCAGAGAGCCCUGGGACUGCCGAGCCACAAUCUGAUACUGACGGAGACUCAGAAGGAUCAAACACCACUGCUAAGAGAGAUGAUCAUGUCAAUGGUAAACUUCAUGAAGUGCAUCAAAGCACUGAAUCGGAAAAAGAUAAACAGUUCAUAGCGGAUAACGCUGCUAGCAGGCCAAAUGGCCAACAUGAGAUGUCCCAUGCCCAGAAUAAUCAAAAAUAUGAAAUUGUGGACGUGCCUUCUGAUUCUAGGCCAUUGCUAGUUUUCAUUAACAAGAGAAGUGGUGCCCAGAGUGGCGAUUCACUGAGACAGCGCCUGCAGAUCCUUCUUAAUCCUUUACAGGUAUUUGAGUUGGGCAAGCAUCAAGGACCAGAAGUUGGUUUAUCUUUGUUUCGGAAGGUACCUCACUUCAAAAUUCUUGUUUGUGGUGGUGAUGGCACGGCUGGUUGGGUUUUGGAUGCCAUUGAGAAACAAAAGUUUGAAGCGCCACCUCCCGUAGCCAUCCUUCCAGCUGGUACUGGCAACGAUCUUGCGAGGGUUUUGUCUUGGGGUGGUGGUCUUGGUGUUGUUGAAAAGCGGGGAGGUUUAUUCUCAGUUUUGAAAGAUGUCGAGCAUGCGGCAGUUACUGUUCUGGACAGAUGGAAGAUCACUAUAAAGGACAAUCAAGGGAAGCUCAUGUGUUCACCAAAAUUUAUGAACAAUUACUUUGGGGUUGGUUGUGAUGCAAAGGUUGCUCUAGAUAUCCACAACCUGAGGGAGGAAAACCCUGAACGGUUUUAUAGCCAGUUCAUGAAUAAAGUGCUUUAUGCAAAAGAAGGCGCAAAGAAUAUCAUGGAUAACAUGUUCUAUUAUUUUCCUUGGGAAGUCAAGCUUGAGAUAGAUGGAUCCAACAUUGAAAUUCCUCAGGAUGCCGAAGGUAUCCUUGUGGCCAACAUCCGGAGCUACAUGGGAGGGGUUGACCUGUGGAAGAAUGAGGAUAGUGUCUCUGACACUUUCCAACCUCAAUCCAUGCAUGACAAGACGCUGGAAGUAGUUAGCUUCACAGGAAUGCUGCAUCUUGGAAGGCUGCAGGUAGGGCUUUCUCGCGCGCAAAGGUUGGCUCAAGGGCAUCAUAUAAAGAUUGAGAUCACUACUCCGAUGCCCAUCCAAGUCGAUGGAGAGCCAUGGUCUCAGGAGCCAUGCACCAUAGAAGUUUCUCAUCAUGCCCAGGCCUUCAUGCUGAAGAGAGUCUCCGAAGAGCCUAUAAGCCACGCCGCGUCCAUAAUGGCCGACAUCCUGGAGAACGCCGAGAACAGCGGUACCAUCUCAGCCUCGCAGAAGAGUGCUCUGCUUCAGGAGAUAGCGUCUAGGCUUUUGUAGCAAACUCUGCGCAACACGGUCUUGUAGCUCUGCAGUCCCCUAUAGCAUUUGACCAUGUCUGGCCCCUUUUGUACAUACAGCCAUGGCUUCCUUCCUUCUUGGAUCGAGCUUGUGUAUAAUUUCUGUAAAAUUUUGUAGGGCUUUGAGUUUGAGAUGAGCACUGCCAGAGACUAUUGCGGUUACUGGUUAGCCUAAUUCUUGGUGACUCUGGGGAAUGUCUUCUCACUCGUUUGUUUGGCUUGUUAGGUAAAGAUGAUGAUUCGGGGUGA